AUUGGGAAUAUUUUAUGAAAAGUAGUUGGAAGUGUUUGCAUUCUGUAGCAAAGGCCCCUCCCUUUAAAAGUAUAUGACAUCAUCAAGAGAUGACUUUCCAGUCCUAAAUGCAUUUCAUGGUUAAAUGUUGAAGCCUUGAAGUUUCACAGAAAUCAGAAACGUGUUAAUAAGAACUUGUUUUAAAGCCCAGAUUACUUCAUGAUGUAAACAGUGAUGCUCUUUCAGUCUUUGAAAUAUGGCUGGACGACAUAUAUUAAUCAAAGUGGAAGGAAUCGGCUUUGCAGCAGAGAAGAGUGGGUGUUUUGCCCAAAUUGCUUUUGGGAAGCAGCCUUCUGCUCUGACCCAGGAAUAAUUAGGACAAAGGGAUACGACUUAUUUCUCUUAAUUUCUCUUUUGAGAGGCAGCAAAGUUUAAAGUUUAUUCCGGUGACCUUUUGGCUGGAGUUCUUCCUUAGGGUUUUGCUUCUGAUGCCACCGAGGGAGGAGGCUGAGGUUUGCCGGAGGUGGAAGUCAAUAGGCUGCACCUCAAUGCCAGGAAGAUUUGCUCCUUGGCUGCUUCUGUUCAGAGCCAUCAGAUCAGGAAUUCCGGUAUUUCUCUGCCGAUGAGCGGAGCUGCCCUCCUGGGCUUCUGCCUGGGGGAGUGAGAACGGCAACGAUGGCGCCUUCACGGUCGGGAUCAGAGCCGAGCUGGACUGCGGGCUCCGUUCCCCCCGGGAGACCGGGCGAAGGGCGCAGCCGGUAGACUGCUUCUGGGCGUGGAGGAUCGGCCGGCGGAAGCGGCGCUCGACGGAGCUGUUACGCAUGCGUCGGCCCGCCUCCUCGGGUCACGCGAGUCAUGUGACCCUUUGCGGCGGCCAAUGGGGCGGUGCCUUGUUGCGGGGUGCUUCGCCGCCGCCGUCUCGCUGCGUCUGGUCCGGGAUGCGCUGAGCGAGGAGCCGGGGCAGCCGCCGCCCCUUCUCAGGUGUGAAUGACAGAGGAGGUGCCUCCGACUGCACUCAGCGAGAUAUACCUUCGUCUUUUGUGUCAUGAUGACAUAGGCACAGUCAAACAGCUGUGUGGUGAUUGGUUCCCCAUUGAAUACCCUGACUCAUGGUAUCAGGACAUCACCUCCAACCAAAAGUUCUUUUCCCUGGCUGCGACUUACCGUGGCACCAUUGUGGGCAUGAUAGUUGCUGAGAUCAAGAGUCGAGCCAAAGUGCACAAGGAGGAUGGUGAUAUUUUAGCUUCUGGUUUUCCAGUUGAUACUCAAGUUGCUUACAUUCUAAGCCUAGGAGUGGUGAAAGAAUUUCGAAAGCAUGGCAUAGGUUCUCUUCUGUUGGAAAGCCUGAAAGAUCACAUUUCGACCACUGCCCAGGAUCAUUGCAAGGCCAUUUACCUGCAUGUCCUGACCACCAACAACACGGCAAUACAUUUCUACGAAAACAGAGACUUUAAGCAGCAUCAUUACUUGCCCUACUAUUAUUCCAUCCGAGGGGUCCUCAAAGAUGGCUUCACCUACGUUCUCUACAUCAAUGGGGGACACCCGCCGUGGACAAUUUUUGACUAUCUUCAGCACAUCGGCUCGACUUUGGCCAAUCUGAGCCCCUGCACAAUUCCCCAGCGGAUUUAUCGCCAAGCCCAGAGCAUCCUCUGCAGCCUUUUGCCUUGGUCGGGCAUUUCAGCCAAGAGCGGCAUUGAAUAUAGCCGGACUAUGUGACCUGAAGGGAGUCCUUCUCUGCAUCCCUGCGGUUGCACAGCUGACAUGGCUCCAACCCUCAACCGUUUGUGGACUUGGCAGAAUUCCUCCUGCUCCUCCUGCUCCUCCUGCUGCUGCUUUCCCCUCUUCACCCUGAGCAGAAGGAAAACAGGCAGUUUUGCUGCCCCAGCACUGCAGCGCAAUGGCCUGGCUGCUCUGCCCCCAACCAGCCUUUUUGCAGCGGCGAGAUGCUUGGCACGAGGGGCGCCUUAGAACCGAGUGGACUGUUGGCAGCUGAGGCCUCCCAGGUGGCCGUUGCUUGGCACCUCUUUGUCCCUUUCAGGAGCUCCUCCCUUGGCUGAGCAGUUCAUGCCCAGGGGUGUCUUUGGCUCUUUCAGGCUAAAAUGUGUGUGUGCCAAAGGACAGACCCUCCUGUACAUCUUGCUUUCUGCUAGUCUGAGCUUGGCCUUGAAGUGUGGACGGGAAGUAGGGGAAGAGCUGGGGUUGGGAAAUGCCCCCAAGUCAAGGCCCGAAAGGCUGCCCUGCUCUCCCUCUUGGGCCCCAGAGGGCAACUGCAGUGGAGCCCCUCUCCUUCCCAGUGGAAGCAGGAGCCUUGAACAGACCUCGCAAAAUGGGCCAUUUUAAGUCCUUUUGGCCCGUUGGACCUCCAGGGGGCCAGCCGUGGUUUGCACAAGCGAGUAGUCCCCAGUCUAAACUCUUGGGACAAAGGGCCGGGCGUUCAGCCUUGCAGGUCAUCUCCGGCCCCUCAGUAGCAGAGGGAAAGUAUGGCUCCCCCUCUCAUGGAUGAGCUCCAGCUGUCUCGAGGGCCAGCAGUGCUGAUCCUUCUGGAAAGGUGCUGUGGGGAGCCUCCCCGCUCCCCCCUGCACAAGUAGCAUCACCCCCCCAAGACCUGCAUCCCCAGGCAGUUUACAUAACCCAACUGAUUCUCCCGGAAGGCAUGUGCUCCUGGUCACCACUUACCCAAACACUGAAGAAAGCAGCAGGCUGACACCUUUAGUGCUGAACUGGAACUCUUGGCCUGUAUUUGUUGGUAGGAAGAGUCUGGGAGGCCCCGAUGAAGGUCCUCUCUCCUGCCUGCCCUGGGACAGUUGCAUUUCCAGGUGUUCCAUUCUCCCAAUAUUGGCCAAGUUUUCACAUUUUAGCUCUUCAGCUGGCACUCCAAGAGGAAACCUUCCUUGGACCUGGGGAGUUUAGGCAGAUUGUGUGUGUGUGUGUGCGUGCACACACACAGGAAAAGGGCUUUGAAAAAGAGAUGUGGGGGAGGGGGGGCCUUGCUGGCAGAGUUUACAUCUUGCUGGCUGCGGGGAGCCCUGCAGAGUUUGGAGAGGUGCAGAGGUGCUGUUCUUUGCUCCCAGCAGGCCUUGGGCAGAAGGGCUGGUUGCGCCGCCGAAGGCAACUCGGCCUACAAGAUUACGGGCACCUCAGGCAGAGCUUGCCCUUCUCUGGGGACCCCCUCAGCUCCCUGAUGGCACCAUCUGAGGUGAAAGUUUAGGGACGUCAGAAGGGCCAAGGGUCAAUCAUGAGGACAAGCAACACCAUCGUGAUGUAAUAAACACCCUUCAGAAUGUGCUCAGUUGGUGAGGCCACAUUGCAAUGAGGUGGCUUGUGUCAGAGGCCUGUGGCGUCUGUGGGCUGUGUUGCAGGUGGCCUCUUGUCUUCCAAGUGGAAGGACCAUUUCCGUGCCAGGCCCAGCGUAGCAUCUCCCUGAAAGGUUUUCUGCUUUCCAACCACCUCUUGCUUGAAAAUGCCCACGAUGCAGUUUCAUCCGUGUUUCAGUUUAUGCUUUCUGAAUAGCGCAUCUCCAUCGUUCCUGUGUGCCUGCCUGUCGUGUAAGCAAGUUCUCCCUCCGCCGAAAGGCGUUUGUAUUGGCCCGUCUCCUUAUUUAUUGAACAGCACAUCAGCCGGUCGUUUUAACUGUCUUGGAUUAAAGGGUUUUUUUUUGUGG